AUGGCCACCGCCUUGGGACACUGGUGUAACGAAAGCAGUGGUCCUCGCUUUCACCUGCCGGUCUUCUCCAACGCAGCGAAAGUAAGAGUAGCGAUCACCAUCCUUGUUUUCACUAUUUCUGCCUUCUGCAACCUCGCCGUGCUGUGGACUACCAGCCGGAACCGCAAGAGGAAAUCCCAUGUCAGAAUUCUGAUUGUCAACCUGGUAGCGGCAGACCUCCUGGUGACCUUCAUUGUGAUGCCGCUGGAUGCUGCCUGGAAUAUCACUGUGCAGUGGCAGGGUGGAGAUGUCGCCUGCAAGCUGCUCAUGUUCCUGAAGCUGAUGACCAUGUACUCCUGUGCAUUUGUUACUGUGGUGAUUAGCCUCGACCGCCAGUCGGCUAUUCUAAACCCCCUGGGCAUCAGUGAGGCUAAAAAGAGGAAUAAGAUCAUGUUAACAGUGGCUUGGCUACUGAGUGCCAUCUUGUCCAUACCACAGAUUGUCCUGUUUCAUACUGUAAGCAUUAACGAGCCCCAGAACUUCACUCAAUGUUCCACUAUUGGGAGUUUCAAACAACACUGGCAAGAGACCUCCUACAACAUGUUUACUUUUGUUUUCCUGUUUCUCAUGCCUUUGAUGAUCAUGAUAUUCUGCUACACCCGAAUCCUGAUGGAGAUAUCAAAGAGGAUGGCCAAGGGAAACUUAUCCGCAAAGGAAGUUCAUUUAAGGCGAUCGAAGAAUAAUAUCCCAAAGGCACGCCUGAGAACCUUAAAGAUGAGUAUCAUUAUUGUGACCUCCUUCAUAGUUUGCUGGACACCCUAUUACCUCCUGGGGCUCUGGUAUUGGUUCUCUCCAGAAAUGCUUUCUGAAGAAAAGGUCUCGCAUGAAAUGAGCCACAUCCUCUUCAUCUUUGGUCUCUUCAACACAGUCGUGGAUCCCAUCACCUAUGGGCUUUUUACCAUCCACUUCAGGAGAGGCCUACAACGGUGCUGCUAUUCAGAAAAGUUGGGAUCCAAUUCAGAUCUCAGUUCUACGCGGACGGGAUCCUUCAGGUGCUCGGGGUCAUCUUUUCGGCUCAAGAAGUUGCCUGCACUUGGUCAAGAAGGUCAAAGGUCAAUCACAGGGAAUGAGCCUCAUGGCAAAAGCAGCUAUUGCAGGAAUGGUUAUCUUGAUGCACAAGGAGGGUGCCAGUGA